AUGUGGUCGUCUCGUUUUAAACAAUAUUCUUUUGCUCAACAACAAACUAAUGAUCAUCAUGAAACUGAUACUAAUUUAGCAUUUACAAUUCCCCGUGAAUUUAUUACUCGUCAAGAUCUAACAUCUGAUUCUUUAUUUCAUGGUGGUAUUGAUAGUCCAUCAAUAAAUGCUAUUGAUCCAAUAUUAAAUCAACGUAUACAUAUAACUAAAUAUCUUUGUUUAAAAUCUAAAACAAGUACACAACAAUAUAUAAAUCAUUUAUAUGAACGAAUUCUUUUAACUAGUCAAUUAUCACAUACAAAUGUUCGUCGAAUAUUAUCUUGGUAUAUUGCUGAUGGAUGUAUUUAUUCAAUAACAAAUCUUUUACAAGGUACAUUACGUCAUGCAAUUGAAUCUCAAACAUUUUCACUUGAACGUAUUUGUCGUUUAUCAUUACAAAUAAUAAAUGGAACUAUUUAUUUACAAUCAAAAGGUUUUUGUCCAUUAACACCUUGGUAUACAACAAAUAUUGAAUUAACAUGUGAUGAUCAAAUUCGAUUAUGUUCACCAACAAUAUCAACAACAAAACUUAAUGGUGGAAUCGUACAACAUCAUCAUUUAUGGAGACAUGCACCAGAAAGUUUAAUAAGAAUGAUUAUUAAAAAUGAAUCUCUUGUUCACAUUGAAUCAAAUGGUAAUUCAAAAGAAGAUGUCUGGUCUAUAGGUUGUAUUAUAGUUGAAAUGAUGAUUAAUACAAUAUUAUUUCGUCCACAAAAUGAUGAUCCAUCAUUACAAUUACUUUGUAUAGUUCAAUUAGUUGGUGGUUUAACAUUAUCAUUCAUUGAUCAUUUUCCAUGUCAUAUCAAACAAUUAUUUUCAAAUAUAAAAUGUGACAGUGAUCAACAACGUCUUAAUCAUUUAUUAAAACAAAUAUUUAAUCAAUAUAUAAUACAUCCAAAUGAUAAUAAUAGAAAAGAUUAUUUAUAUGAUUUAUUAAAACAAAUAUUUCAAUUUCAAUCAGAUAAACGUAUUGAACUUCAAUCAUUAAUUGAACAUCCAUUUUUUUCAUUAAAUUCUAUUCAAAAUAAAAUUCAAUUAAAUUUAUUACAAACAAAAAUAUCAUCAAUUCAAAUUGAUGAUCUUAUACAUUUAUGUACAAAACUUAAUUUAGAACAUUCACGAUGGAUUUUAACACUUAAAGAACGUUGUUUAUUUGAAUUGAUUUUACAUAUUAAAAAUUUUAGCCAAUUUAAUCCAGAUAAUUAUGGUUUAAGCCACUUAUUAAAAGAUGAACUAAAAAGACUUGUUCACUUUUUAACGGGUAAUCCAUAA